GUGGUCAAGUCCAGCGCAGCUACUAACCCUUGCGGACCUUUCGGGACUGGAAGCAGAAGAGCUGGAAAAAAAGCCUCGCAAUUUUAGUCAGGCACUUUGUAAUUUUGUUCAGGUGUCGCCGGGGUUGGUGCGAUCCAUCCGCCGCCGCUUCAUUUUCCAUGAAUACGCUCGCACGACUUCAUCUUCCCCCAGCGCUCCCCGUGGAAGAAGAAUACAUCACUGCAGUCGGUGACAUGGACGUGGUCGUAGAUUGUCGAAUGGUCACCAUCUCGGGCCAACAUCUGUCCCACAGGGCGGGGGGUUUUUUCGAUCGGACAGACUGACUGCUGCUGCUGCCGAAUCCAAUCACGAGAUUCCAUACAAAUGCAACGCUAAAUGUGCGCCUCGCUUGCUUGCUUCGGCCUCACGUAUCCAUCGGCCCUCGGUGCCAGAUUUUGUCCACGGGGUGCAUGCUGUUCCGACGUUCUUUCGGCCUCCUCGCGCUUGCUUUCGAGCCGGAGCCCGAGCGGACGAAGCACAUCCUUGGCACCAGGGAGUAGAAGGAGAUAGAAUGGGAGGAGGGGAGGAGUUCUCAAUGGAAGAAUUGGACAUCGAGGACGACUCGUCGUCGUCGGAGAGCGAGCACUCGGAGGCGGACGAAACCCUGGGAGCAAGCAGCAGAGCUUCGAGCAAGAGGGAGAGGGAGAGGGAGAGAGAAGCCAGGUUCGCGGAAUUGAUGGUGGAAGAAGGGGCAGAGUCAUCGAAUGUGGAACGAGGAGAAAGAGGCGAAGGAGGAGAAUCACCGACGGCUCGAAAUUGCGGCCUCCCUGGGGACAAUGUGGGCCGGCUGCUGCGCGCGCGGACCAGAUUGAGGUAUUACUCGCCCGGGAGGUCCGAGCGGAGAACGCCCGACGAGGUUUCGAUCCCGGAAGCGACCACUCUGGUGCUCGUGGGCAUGCGAAGCUCUGGCAAGAGCGCUGUGAUCAACAAGAUCAUCCGCGCGCUGGACGGAGAGGAAGGACUCUCGUACCUGGCCCCGGAGGCGAGGAAUCCUGAUCAAAUCGGGACCUCGUUCUUGACCGAGCACAGGAUUUGCGGCGGCAAGGUUUCUCUAUUCGACACUCGGGGGUUCACGACGUCCGAGGUCGGCGAGGCCACGCAGGUGUUCGAGGAUUGGAUGAAGAAAGGGCUGCGCGACGGCGCGAUGGAACGUCGAGCGGGCGAUCCGGACGAUUUCUCCUCGGCCCUGAGCCGCAGAGGUCGAGGAGCCGAUGCCUGGCUGAGCAAACGCAGGAACGUGAACUUCGUGAUUUUCGUGGUGGAUGCUUCCUCGUUCCUCUACAUGCUCAAGAGCGGCGACCGCCAUGGCCUCGAUGCCCUCAAAGAGCUCUACGACGACCCCUUUCUCGCAUUCAGGGACGACCGCCCUGUGCUGGUCCUGACCCACCUCGACGACGUGAGCUUCCGAGAGAGAGACGCAGCUCGCGCGGCCAUCGCCGCGCAUUUUCAGGUGCCGGUGGGGGAGCCGAUCUACGAUCUGUCGGCCCCGAGCGAGGCCUGCGUCGAGUACUUAGGAGAGCGUGCGUUCACGAGGGCCGCCACUGCCCUGGAAAUGCUGAUCGCCGCCCUGCAGAAGGCUGACAGACAUCUUCCUGCCAAGAGAGGACUCGUCCAGGUGGUUGUCGAGUUUUUCCAUGGCUUGGCUACCCGAUUUCGAUGGAAGGGAGUCGCGCUGUACAUUUUGUACUACUUCUACGUCCUCUUCUUUCUCUAUUGCACCAGCCUGCUCGUGCGGGGACAUUUGAAGGUACACGCCGACCUGAUCAGAAAGGCCACUGGGUCGAUCAACCAUCGAUGGCUGGCGAACAAGAUGCGCACUUGAGGACUGCUCGAGAAGUUUGAGCAUCUUCGGCUGCGCUCCCUCGCUUUAGCCUUCCAGUUUGCGGUUGCAGGCCAUAGCAGGAAUUUGUGAGCGGUUCACGUGCAAAUUAAGAUUCAUGGUGGCUGUAUCAGCUCUGAAUGGUGAAGGUGACUCACCUUUGAAGACGAGGCCUGCUGUGAAGUGGUGGCAGUUGCUCAUCUCUUGCUCUCUGUAGAUGUUGGAAGUAAAUUUACUGCUCGGUAGUAAAUUUAUGCCUUAAGUAAACUAGACGAAAGCGUAUUCAGAGAAGUGGUGCACGGAUUCGUAUAUGGAAACAUCGUACAUA